UUGUGGGCAGGAAAGCCAAGCUGAGCCCGGCGGGAGAGGCGGCUCCUGAGCGACAUCUCGGCCGCCAUUCAGACUCCACCAGGGACGCACAGCGAGAGCGAGAGCUGGAGGCCCAGCCAGCCCCCUCCCCUUUUGCAGGGAGACCCGUUUGGGUGGGGGGGGGGCUCCGUCAAAUGGAGGGGGAUCUGCUGCCCCCGGGAGCAGCAGCUCUUCCAGGCAGGGAGGAAACCAGCCUGGCACCCCACGUAGGCAGCGGGAGCGAGAGAGCGAGCGGCCAGGGUUGCAUGGAACGGAAGGUGGACUGGAGCCCCGUGGUAAUGUUCUGGAAGAACUGGUUUCGUCAGAAGCACCAUCCGUUGGGAACCCACUUUGUGGGGCUGCUGCGCAGAAGGAGCUUCUGGCCGCAUCCACCCCCCCCAUGGGAUCCAGAGGUAGACUGCCCUGAAGCAGGAGGCUCCAUUCCCCGAUCGGACGGCGGCUCCGCCCAGCGUGGAGGCUCCUGGGCGGGAGAGGGCGGGGCCGCGUGACGUCGGCGCGGAGCAUGAAUGAACUCGGCGAGAAGUUUCCCACCGGUCCCAUUGAGGGAACUUCUGCGCGGCGGCGGCGGCGGCGCUCCUGGCUUGCCCGGCGGAGGAGUCGGAAGGCAGCAGCCCCCGAGCCCAGGCGAGCAUGGCCGGCAGCCGCCUCCUCCCGCGACGGGCCGCGGCGCCCCUCCUCGUCCCGCUCCUGCUGCUGCUCCAGGCGGCGCUCAGCCGCGGCCAGGCCCGCGAAGUCGUCCUGUUGGACUUUGCCAAGGCAGAGGGCAAUCUUGGCUGGCUGAACAGCCCCUAUGGCCAGGGGUGGGACCUUCUCCAGAUGGUGAUGAACGGCUCCCUGAUCUACAUCUACUCGAUCUGCAACGUGAUGGAAGGCGAGCAGGACAACUGGCUGCGCACCAACUGGAUCUACCGGGGCGAGGCCCAGCGCAUCUUCGUCGAGCUGCAGUUCACCGUCCGGGACUGCAACAGCUUCCCCAGCGGGACGGGCGCCGCCUGCAAGGAGACCUUCAACCUCUACUACGCCGAGUCGGACGUGGACUACGGCACCAACUUCCAGAAGCGCCAGUUCCGCAAGAUCGCCACCAUUGCCCCGGACGAGAUCACCGUGCGGGAGGACUUUGAGAACCGCCACCUCAAGAUCAACCGGGAGGUGCGCGCGGUGGGGCCCCUGGCCCGCAAGGGCUUCUACCUGGCCUUCCAGGACAUCGGGGCCUGCGUGGCCCUCCUCUCCGUCCGCAUCUACUACAAGAAGUGCCCGGGCGUCUUCCGCCACAUGGCCGCCUUCCCCGAGACCAUCGCCGGCGCCGACUCGCAGGCCUUGGCCCGAGUGAGCGGCCGGUGCGUGCCGGACGCCGUGGCCAGCGAGGAGCCCGCCAUGCACUGCAACUCGGACGGGGAGUGGCUGGUGCCGAUCGGAGGCUGCUCCUGCCGCGCGGGCUACGCCAAGGACGGGGACAGCUGCGCAGCUUGCCCGGCCGGCUUCUUCAAGCAGGAGGUCUCCAACGGCGCCUGCGCAGAGUGUCCCCGGCAUACUCUGCCCUCUUCCGGAGGCUCCGCCUCGUGCCCCUGCGCAGAAGGCUAUUUCCGAGCCGCCAGCGACCCGCUCUCGAUGGCCUGCACGCGCCCCCCUUCGGCCCCCCACGGGGUGACAGCCAUCGGCCUGGGCGCCAAGGUGCAGCUCCGGUGGGCCCCACCCCGCAGCUCCGGAGGCCGGCAGGAUGUCACCUACAGCGUGACGUGUGAGCAGUGCCUGCCAGAGUCGGGCGAGUGCUGUCCCUGCGAUGCGGCCCUCCGGUAUUCGGAGCCGCCCCACGCCUUGACCGGCACCUCCCUGACCAUCAGCAACCUGGAGCCACACGUCAACUACACCUUCACGGUGGAGGCCCAGAACGGCGUCUCCUCCUUCAGCAGCCGCCGCAGCUUUGGUGCCGCCAGCAUCAGUGUCAACCAGACGGAGCCUCCCCGGGUGACUUCGGUGGCCCUGGAGGGCCGCACGGCCACCAGCCUGACUCUUUCCUGGACGGUCCCGCCACGGCAACAGAGCCACGUCUGGAAGUACAAAGUCACGUACAGCAAAACGAAGGAGAAGAACAGCUACUCGGUGGUGCACUGCGAGGGGACCUCGGUGACCCUCUCCAAGCUGGCCCCCAGCACCCAGUACCUGGUGCACGUCCAGGCGCUGACUCAGGAGGACCAAGGGGCCUCCAGCAUGGAGUACGAGUUCGAGACACUUGCGGAGCGCUCGGACGGCACAAGCACGGCGGUCCUGGGGGGCUCCAUUGCGGGCGCCAUCUUCAUGGCUUUCCUGGUGGGGGCGAUCAUCUUCCUGCUUCAUCGGAGGAAAAAGAACUUGCGGGCCCGCCAGACUUCGGAAGACGUCUACUUCUCCAAGUCUGACCAGCUGAAGCCCCUGAAGACGUACGUGGACCCCCACACUUACGAAGACCCCAACCAGGCUGUGCUGAAGUUCACCACCGAGAUCCACCCAUCCUGCGUCUCCCGGCAGAAAGUCAUUGGGGCAGGUGAAUUUGGGGAGGUCUACAAGGGCACCCUGAAGAGCAGCAAGAAGGAGAUCCCGGUGGCCAUCAAGACGCUGAAGUCCGGCUACACGGAGAAGCAGCGCAUUGACUUCCUGAGCGAGGCCAGCAUCAUGGGCCAGUUCGGCCACCACAACAUCAUCCGCCUGGAAGGCGUCGUCUCCCAGUAUAAGCCUUUCAUGAUCAUCACGGAGUACAUGGAGAACGGGGCCCUGGAUAAAUUCCUGCGGGAGAAAGAUGGGGAGUUCUGUGUGAUCCAGCUCGUGGGCAUGUUGAGGGGCAUCGCCUCGGGCAUGAAGUACCUGGCCAGCAUGAACUACGUCCACCGGGACUUGGCGGCCCGCAACAUCCUGGUCAACAGCCAGCUGGUCUGCAAAGUCUCGGACUUUGGUCUCUCCCGUGUCCUGGAGGACGACCCCGACGCCACCUACACCACCAGCGGUGGGAAGAUCCCGAUCCGCUGGACAGCGCCUGAGGCCAUCUCGCACCGCAAGUUCACCUCGGCCAGCGACGUCUGGAGCUACGGGAUCGUCAUGUGGGAGGUGAUGUCCUACGGCGAGCGGCCCUACUGGGAACUCUCCAACCAUGAGGUGAUGAAGGCCAUCAGCGAGGGCUUCCGGCUGCCCGCCCCCAUGGACUGCCCCUCGGCCGUCUACCAGCUGAUGAUGCGGUGCUGGCAGCAGGAGCGGAGCCACCGGCCCAAGUUCACCGACAUCGUCAGCAUCCUGGACAAGCUGAUUCGGGCCCCCGACUCCCUCAAGGCUCUGGCCGACUUCGACCCUCGGGUCUCCAUCCGCCUGCCCAGCACCAGCGGCUCAGAGGGGACCCCCUUCCGGACGGUGGCUGAGUGGCUGGAGUCCAUCAAAAUGCAGCAGUACACGGAGCACUUCCUGGCCGCCGGCUACAAUGUCAUCGAGAAGGUGGUGCAGAUGAGCAGCGAGGACAUCAAGAGAAUUGGGGUGAACCUCCCGGGCCACCAGAAGCGCAUCGGCUACAGCCUCCUGGGGCUGAAGGAGCAGGUCAGCACCAUCGGCAUCCCCAUCUGAGCUGGGCCGGCCCGCCCCACCGUCUCUGAGCUGGAUCUCCCCGUCCUUGGGGGGCACCUUGGCAAACCUCCUUCCUGGCCCAUACUUGAAACGCAGCCCCCCCCCCCCGCCAGCCUGGCGCCACCAAGGCUGCCCUCCUCGGACCAGACGGGGUCUCCGCUGCCGGCCUCCUGCCCGCCUCUCCCUCGCUCCCUAUUUAUUGCUCGCCCUCGACUGGAAGCCGCAGCUGCCUCCGCGUGGUGGUGCUGGAGGGCUCCGGGCCGGGUUGGCAGCGCGGGACUGAGCCACUGCCCUGGCGGGGUGCGGCCACCAGCCACGUUCCGUUCCUCCCCCCCCCCGGGGCUCCUCUCGCACCCCCCACCUCGGCUGCCUCAUUUCUCCACUUGCUGCCUGUGGAGGGUGGACGGAAGCAGCGUGGGGCGGCCUCCCUGCUCUGCAGCCGGAUCUUGCCCCACCCUGCUCGGUCUGCUCCUGCCUGUGUCUGGAAGCUGCACCGAACCCCAGAGUGACUCUUUCUGGCGGUGGCGUUUGCUUUUCCAACAAGAAGGAAGGUGCGGAGCCCUGGACACAGUUCGACUGCAAAGCUUGCGGCUGCGUGACCCCCAACUCGGGCACUUUGGGGCGGGGGGCCAUUCUCGGGCGCUGAAGGGCGUCUCCUUUUUCCGAAGGAGCCCAGCCAGCAGCAUCAAGAGGGAGCCCUUCCUCACGGGAAGUGCCUCCGACAUUUUUACGCUUCAGCUCUGAAGUGGUUUUGUCGAGAAUGACCCCAAGUUACUCUCCGGAGAGUCCUCUCCUUGUUGACUGCUCUCUUAUUUAUUCGCUCUGUCCAAAUGCCAGCCCCACCAUUGUUACUGAUCAACUUCUCUGUUUUUUUAAUUGUAAUUUAUUUUUUUAUAUUUAUUGAAGAACUGUUAUGCAGGAAACCAUGCACAGUUUUUUAAAAGCAACAAAACAAAGUUUACUUUUGGGUGUGCAUGGACCUCUAGCUCUAAUAAAAGUGUUUAUUCUUUAAAAAAACAAA